AAUCUAGAUCGCAUUGGCGCUUCAAACAGGAAGUGGAAAGAAGACAAAAUGGCCGAAGUAGCCCAACUUCUCGAGCAGGAAAUUCCUGAAGGGCGUCAGCACCUUCAGGAAAGCUUUAACAACCUUGAAAAUGUUGCAAAAUAUUGCAGAGAGAAUUAUAUUACGGCAACAAAUAAAAAGCAGGCUUUGGAGGAGACUAAGAACUACACCACCCAUUCCCUUGCUAGUGUGGCAUACCAGAUCAACAACCUUGCCACUAACUUCCUCAAACUCCUUGACCUCCAACAGAGUCAGACCAUGGAAAUGGAGUCUAGUGUGAACUACCUGGCACAGACUGUAAAUAUUCACAAAGAGAAGGUAGCUAGAAGAGAGAUAGGUGUUCUCACUACCAACAGGAAUACAAACAGGCCACUGGGAGUAAAGAAUGGUAUCAUAUUUCCAGAGCAAGCCGAGCGUCCAACUAAGUACCAGCGAAAACCCAUAGACUACACAGUGUUAGAUGAAAUAGGACAUGGUGUCAAGGUUCAGGAACAAGGAAUUAUAAAGACAACAACCAGUGUUCAGAGGGACAAAACAAGUCGGAGCUCUUCUAUCAGUAGUAACACCUCCCACCCAAGUAUUCCUCCCAACACACGUCCUCCUACACCGCCUCAGGGGCGUGGCACUAUUGGAAAGUCAGCAGGAGCACAUCAGAGCCAGUACAGGACACCAGCGCCCCCUAUAGCUCCACCAUCUAUCCCCGCGACUGCGUCACCAUAUGCUCCAGGUGGCAUGGCAAUGCAAAACCAGUCACGACAGAGUGGUUAUGUUCCAGGAGACCAGGUGAGACAGAGUGGAUAUGGUCCAGCAGAUCAGUCUAGACAAAGUGGAUACGGUCCAGGAGACAUGCGACAGAGCAGCAACUAUGGUCCGACUGAAGCUCAGAUGAACAUUCUGGCUCCUCCUGUCGGCCUUGCUCGUCCCAUGUCACAAGAUGCCCCUCCCCCGUCCUAUCCGGGUAUGCAUGGACGUGUGUCACACCUGGUACAGCAACCGUCUACAGACCUGCCUCCUCCCCCGCCAUCUAUGUCAGAAGCUCAAGACAGCAGCUAUGUGGAAGACAACGAAGUGAACUCUCCCCCACUCCCCCCACCCCCCACAGACUCUCCCUCUGUGUACAACCAGGCUCCUCCCCCUCCCCCUGAGUUCAAUGAUCCACCCGAGGACAUUGACGACCACCCCCUCCCUCCACAAGAAGAAGAUCCAUAUGCUGCUACUGGGCCGAACCUUGGACUUGGACAGCCGGAUUGGAAACCUGCAAAUUACAUCGAGAAAGUUAUUGCUAUAUACGAUUACUUGGCUGAUAAGGAAGAUGAGCUGACCUUCAAUGAAAAUGCUGUAAUCUACGUCACAAACAAAAACGAUGACGGCUGGUGGGAAGGGGUACUCAAUGGUUUUACAGGACUUUUCCCAGGGAAUUAUGUAGAACCAUGCAUGUAAUCAUUGCCAGUUAACAAAAACAGAUAUGAACAAUGAUCUUGAAUCAAAAUUCAUCUUUAUGAACAAGACACUUCAGGAAAAUCAAAGUGGAUAGCUUCUGUUUCUGUGCAGUAACAGAUUCAUUAUAUGUUUUAAAAUGAACACAAAAGUGUCAGUAAAAUACUUUACACAGGUUGAUGACUCAAUAUGUUGGUAUAAUUAGAAGGAGAGUAUAUGCUGUGAGAAUGCUUUGAUGCUAAAGGAACACACAACUUAUUAGCAGUGAUGCUAAAAUGCUAGAUAUAAUCUUAGCAAAUCAGCGAAGAUGAUAAGGAAGGACUUGGCAAAGUUGCGCAGAUGUUGAGGAAAGAUUCAGCUAAUUAGUGGUGAUGCUUAUGAAGAACUUGACACAAUAGUGAUUUAUAAAGCAAAUUAAAUUAAGACCAGACAUCACUUGGAGAAAAGGACUUGAAAAUAAUCAUGUUUAAAAUGUCCAAGUGUUUGAAAUGGUUAUUCAUGGCUGAAAGAAAUAUUCUACAAAAAAACGUGUACAGUUGGAAAUGUUUGUGACAGUAAUCAUUGGUUGUUAAAAGAAAUGUGCUGGUUUUAUGAAUUAACCACACACCAUGUGUUUUUAUAAAUACUGCGGAGGGGAAGGUGGAUUAAUGGGGCAAUAUCUUUAUCAUAUAACUUCUUAGUAAGUUUAUAUAUCGUUUCUGUAUUAAAACUGUGUGACACCAAUAAGUCACAUUUACAUUUAGUAACUUCUAUAAAUAGGUGCAGUGUUAAUUGGUUUCUUUGUACAUGGUAGACAUGUUUGUAUUGUUGUGUCAUUAAUUGCAAUUAAGCUUUUGAAACAUAAUUUAUUGUGUAUACCUUUCAUCAUUUGUUUACUAAUAGUGUUUGUUUAAUUAAGAAAUAACAUCUUGUAAAUUCGUUGAAAAGUUCAGAAACUAGCACAACACUACAGUAUUACAAAAAGAGAAGGACUACAUCUAUAUCUCGGCGAUCUUUGACUUUAAAAUGUCUCAUUGAUUGUAUAUCUACAAUAGUGUAGCUUAAUCUGUAACAUAUAAUUUCUGAUAAUGGGCUACUUCCAUUUAGUAGAUACAAUUAUUGCUUACAUAAUACUUUAUAAUUCAUACACAGGUUUUAUUCGGACUAAGAAUUUACAUUUUCCUCUGCUGUCAGUACAAUUAUGACUUAUUUUACAAGUCAUCUACAUGUAGUAAUGAAUCAUAGCUUUGUUAUGAUAAGUUAGAUUAUUAAUGAUGUAAAAUUAAUGAUCUGCAGAGCAUAUUCAUGAUGUAGUAUUUAUAAAUUUAUCGGUCAUGUAAAACAACAACUCUGGAAUUGAGUUCUAUAAAUUGUAAACUGUCCUUAUGUUACCAUGGUUGUCUUGCCAAAAUGUUUUUUUCCCUUUAUUCUUUCUUCAGAAAUUGUGUCCAUCAUCAUCAUCAUCAUCAUCAUCAGUAUCAUCAUCAUUUAUUCGCCACAUCAAUCUACUAUUUUAGGGUAUUUAUGUGUAAUACCUAUUUUUAUAAGUUUUAUUUUUGUGCUGAUAAUGACUGUAAUUAUAUGUACAAUGUCUUAAUCACCAACAGUUAAUACUUCACACCCUCGUGUAUGUAGAAUUCAAUAUUUAUUUGAUCAAAUUAUUAUACAGUAGAACCACAAUAACUCCACAGCUGAUGAGUAAAUAUGACAUUUAAUUUGAAGAGUAAAUUAACCUUCCCAAUUUAUUCAAAUAUUAUUUCCGUUUAAAUUACAUUAUACAUGUAAUUCUUUCAUAACACCUCCAACAUGUUGAAUUUAUUUGAGAUAUUAUUUUUGAAAAAAUACAAAAUUACAAAAACUUACAUUACUUUUCUGAAUUAAUUGUUUCGGAUUAUUCAGAAUAUUCUUUUUUAAAAGUCAACUAAAUUGAGUAAGAUAUUAUUAAAAAAUCCAGGUGGAUUUAACAUUAAUGUUAAAUACUAUGAACCCAGUUGAAUUUUAAUGAAUGGAUGUUUGAUGGUUUGUUGUAUGAUACAACUAUUACUGAUCUGCACGUGUCAUAUGUAUCCAUUGGCUAAUAUCCAUGUACCGGUACCUAUAGAUCAUUGAGGUAAAAUCUUCACAUUGUAGCUGAAUAGCAUGAGAUUUAAUAUUGCAUUGGGGUUUUUACCUGCAUACCCAGAUAAACGGCGAGGACUGUGCUGCAUGUGUUAUCAUAUGUAUUAGAAAUAAAGGAAUUAAUAUGUUU